AUGGCGAUUCCAAAUAUUAAACACUUCACAAGAUGUAAAUUUUACACGUAUAGUUAGACUUGUUAAAGAACAUUUUAAAGUUCCAAUUACUUUAAUUUCUCUUGUAAAUACCACUCAUCAAUGGUUCAAAGCUGAAAAUGGUUUUGGUUGUACUCAAGCAAAGCGUGAAAUUAGUUUCUGUGGUCAUGCCAUUUUACAAGAAAACGGUGAACCAUUUGUAGUUCCUGAUUCAUUACUUGAUUGGAGAUUUAAGAAAAAUCCUCAAGUCAUAGGACCUCCUUAUAUUCGUUUUUAUGCUGGUGCUCCUUUAAGAACAAAAGAUGGUCAUAAUGUUGGUACUCUUUGUCUAAUCGAUACUGUACCUCGUAAUGAUUUCUGCGAACGAAUGCGUGAAUCGUUAAAAGAUUUUGCAAAAGUGGUUAUGCGUGAACUGGAACUUUGGGCUGAUAGAUUAAGAUUAGGUGUUAGGAAUAAGAUGCAAUCUAGUCUCGCUGAAUUCAGUAAAUUUUGUUUCGAAACUCAGCUUGCUUACGGUGAAGAUGGUUCUGAAGCUGGUGAUCCCAUUAUGCGUAGAUGUUUUGAAAGGGCUGUAACUUUGAUAAAAGAUACUUUGGAUGUUGAUGCUUUAUAUUUAUUAGAAAUGCCUUCUUUAUCUGCACGACAAGUCACUUAUGCCAGUCGCCUAUCCAAUGAUUUCUCUAAUGAUUUUCUUUUGAAUAGUCCUCCUCCUGAAUUACCGACAAAACAUUUGAAAUUCCUGGCUGCUGCUGGUCUUUCGAUUUCUACUGACUCUAUUUCAACUCCCGUAACCACUACUUUUUUAACUCAUUUGAUGCAUACUCAUGCUCAGGGUUACAUAUUUCAAAAUGCUCUUCCACAAUUACCUAAUCUUUUCCCUCCUAAUAUGUGUUCUGGUAUUGUUGUUCCUAUCCAUGAUAAUGCUAAAAAUGCUUUUGGAUUUCUCAUUGCACUUACCAAAGAUCCUCUAAGACAAUUUGAAGAUGAAGAACGCGUUUAUUUGGGAAAUUUUGGUGUCAAUAUUGUAAGCGAGGUUCUUAAACGACGUGUUAUUGUAGCUGAUAGAGCGAAAAGUGCAUUCAUUAGCUCGGUAUCACAUGAAUUACGAACUCCUUUACAUGGAAUUUUAGCUAGUUGUGAAUUAAUGAGUGAAGGCCAUUUGAAUGAAGCGCAAACUGAAUUACUUAAGACCAUUCAAAGCUGUGGGACUGGCUUAAUUUCAAUAAUAAAUAAUGUUUUAAAUUAUGCGAAAAUGGAUAAUUCUCGUGAUUAUGAUUUAAUGCAUCCUCCACCCGUUCCAGUUUUGAAUAUAAAGCAAAAAGAAAAAGUUGAUUUGGUUAAGAUAUUGGAAGAUGUCGCUGAAUCAUGUGUAGUAGGACAACAGAUGGUGUCGGUUAUCUAUGGAAAAAAUAAUAACAAUGAUGAAAAUAGUUCACCAUCACAAGCAAGAAGACGACAUGUUUGUAGAUUAUUACAUCCGUACCAAUCUAAGAGAGAAACUGGUUCGCCUGAAGUUGAUCUUCUUAUGGAUAUAGAAUCACGUGAAGAUGGAUGGUGGGUAAUGGCAGAAGAUGGUGCAAUCAGGCAGAUGCUUAUAAAUAUUGUAGGUAAUGCUCUUAAGUUUACGAAACAAGGUUAUAUUCACUUGUCGCUUGCAACUGUUGCUUGUCAACAUGAAACUUGCGAACAUUCUUGUUGUCAAGAUUUGGCAUCCGACUAUACCGAUGAAUCAGAACGAUUACAUGUUCUCUUUACUAUAACUGAUACCGGUCGCGGAAUUGAUCCAAAUUUUCUUAACACGCACCUUUUUCAUCCAUUUACUCAAGAGGAUCCUCUUCAAAUUGGUACUGGAUUAGGUUUAAGUAUUGUCAAAUUAUUAGUGGAAAAGAUGGGUGGUAAAUUGGAUGUCGAAAGUGAAGUAAAUGUUGGAACUAGAGUGAGAAUUUGGUUGGACUUUGAGAAGGCUAGUGAGUCUGAUAUUGAUAGUGAAGAUGAUGCUAGCGUUAGAGAUAAAAAGGCUAUAAAGAGGAAAGAAAAGGAAAUUAUAUUAAAAGAACUUCAAAAUAAAUCUGUAGUGGUCAAGGGCGCUAGAGGGAAAGCUAAAGAAAUUACUUGCCGAUUUCUCAAAAAUUGGUUUAAUAUAAAAAAUGUGGUUCUUGAAGCACGACCUAGUAAGCUAGAUGGAGAUUUAGUGAUAAUUUUUAAUGAAGAUUUAGAAAUUUUAAAAUCUUUAUUAUCAGAAAGUAAAAAUAAAUCGUGUUGGUUUAAUUCAAAUUUAAUUUCUGAAGAAUCUGAUAAAAUAAACGCACCAAUUAUUUUUGUCACUUCAUUGGAAAAGCAUGGUAAAUUUAGAGAAAUAAUUGAACAAAUUCAAGAUGAAAUUGAGAUGAAUACAAACCAAAAAUAUCGUAAAGUUGUUAUUGUUUCAAAGCCUAUCAGCCCUCGAAAAAUAGAAAAUGCUAUUCUAUCAUGCUUUAAUCUUAAAUUAGACGUCAAAACUGAAGAUUUACCACAAAUUAUUAUGACACCACCUAUUAACGAUGAUGACACAUCUUCAGACGAUACGCUUGUGUCUCUACAAACGCCACUUAACACGCCACCAACGAAAAGUGACCCGUUUGAAACCACAAACAUUGAUUUACAAUCAUCAAAUAAGCUAAAUCCCUUAAUUCUAGACGCUUCACAAAUAUUGUCAUCCUCACCUCCAACUUUAGAUAAAUUUGCAUCGACACCAAAACCACGAACUUUAUCAACUUCACGUUCAUUACCUGCAGUAACUACCCCCGAGAUAGAUCCUUCCACACAAUCACAAUAUGGACUUCGUGGACCGAGAGUUCUUAUAAUAGAAGAUAAUGUAGUGAAUAGAAAAAUCUUGUCUACAUUUUUGAAAAGUCGAGGAAUUGAUUUUGAAGAAGCAGAAAAUGGAGCCAUUGGUGUUGAAAAAUAUCGAAAUGCAUUAGAACAAAAAGGUGAACGAGAGAAAAAAUUCGAUGUGGUUCUAAUGGAUAUUCAAAUGCCAGUAAUGAAUGGUAAUGUUGCCACGUCUGAAAUUAGAAAGAUAGAGAGGGAAUAUGCUCAAAGACGACAGAAAUUAAAACAAAGAUCAUUAACUGAAACUUUAAAGGGUAUAUCAAAAAUUCCGACAGGACUAUUUCCUAAUUUAGCAAAAACUAAUACUGAACAAACAGAUACAUCACAUCAACCAUCAAUACCAAUAGAAAAUAAAUCUUUAAUUUUCGCAUUAACUGGAUUAGCUAGAGAAGAAGAUAAAGAUAUUGCAUAUGGAAGUGGAGUUGAUGGAUUUUUAACAAAACCUGUUAGUUUAAAAACUUUAGAAAAAGUACUUAAAAGAUGGUCGGAAAAUGGUGACUUUACUGAAGAAUUUCCAGAAAUAAAACCACCAACAUUAGUUACGAAUGAUGAAAAUUUAACUCCCGUAAAUGGAAAUCAAGAGAUUUGA